AUGAUUGGUGACAAUAAUUCAACAAUAAAAGACGAUGAAAUUAACGAUUUAUCUAUGUCGAAUAAUAAAAUAACAAAUAAUGAAUUAUUUAAAUCAGUUAAUCGAAGAAAACAAAUCAAACCAAUUCGUGUUACAAAUGAUGAUGAUGGAAUCCAACAACAAAAGUUAAUUAUUGAUGAAUCAUCAAAUUUGAUUAAUGGUCAUCAAUCAUCGCCAGAAGAAUAUAUUUCACAUAAUAAUAAUAACAAUAAUAAUAAUAACAACAACAAUGUUCGUCAACAACAAGAAGCCUAUUGUAAUUUAUGCGAACGUUCAUUUUGUAAUAAAUAUUUUCUUAAAACACAUUAUGCUAAAAAACAUGGCGGACUUAAUCUGGUAUCACCAUUAUCGUUAACAGAAAACAAUGAUAAUGUUCAUACUUCGUUGUCUCCAUCAUCACCAUCGUGUUUAUCCAAUGAACAACCAUUACCUUUAGUUAUUAGUCAACAAGCGUCGCCUAUCAAUAUUAAAUCGGCUGAGAAAAAAAGUGAAGAAUAUUGUGAGAUUUGUCAAAAAUAUUUUUGUAAUAAAUAUUAUCUUCGCAAACAUAAAGGUGAAUGCCAUGGGAUUUACACUGAUUAUAUAAAAUCUUUGCAAAAAAGUACACAUGAAAAUCCAGCCAAGACGACUUCGAAUCGACCAACACCAUCUAUUCAAAUUCCAACAAAUUCUUCGAAUACACUUUUGUUAAAUCCAUUCUAUCCUGGACCAUCAGAUAUCAAAAGUCUUUUUCCUAUUCCAUCAUCACCGAAUAUAAAUAUCAAUGCAACAUCACCAAAACCAUCUCCUCAGCGGCCCGUCCGUCGUUGUAAUAUAUGUAAUCAAGAGUUUCGUAAUAAAUCUCUAUUUCGUAUGCAUAUGAAUACAUUUCAUCCAAAUGAAAAAACGAAAAAACUUUUAUCGGCAUCACCUCCUAGUGCACCACCGAACAAUCUUAGUUUUUUACCGUCGUUUGUUGACACUAGUAGUCAACUCGCACAAAAACUUGCUACUGGUCAAACAUCUCAAACGCCAUAUGGCAUUGUCAAUGAUUCAUACUUUUGUGCUAAAAUGGCUGAUAGAGUUGUAUGUGAAAUAUGUAAUAAACAAGUUUGCAAUAAAUAUUUCCUUAAAACUCAUAAAGCUAAAGUACACGGCAUAAAAAGUGAUUCACAAGAGCAAAUAAAUGAAAAUAUCGACAGUUCCAAUGCUUAUUGUGAAUUAUGUAAAAAAGAUUUUUCAACAAAAUAUUUAUAUCUAUUUCAUAUGCAAACAAUACAUAAUGACACAUCAGAUCCAACAUAUCAAACAUUAGUCGAAUUUAUGAAAAAGGCUGCCGCUAUCAAUGAAAAUUCGAAUCCAUUUUUAUCUCUAGUGAAUUCGGAACAAUUAGACGAUGAAGCUGAUGGAAAUGGUGAUAGAUUAAAACGUAAAAGAAGUUUAAGUCAAUCAUCGACAGAUCACAAUACUAAAUCGACCAAACAUUUAAAUUCUUUGACCAAAACUAAUGGUGGUUUACAACCGUUUUUGCUUGAGAGUGAAGAUCCGAAAUUUUCGCACACAUUCGUGCCAUGUAUGGUCUAUUUACCUGUUACACGACGAGUCACUAAACAAGUCAAAAUUAAUUUAAAAUUAAAACCUGUUCUUGCUGAUGCUUCUCCAUGA